AUGGAGGAAGAGCUAAAAUGCCCGGUGUGUGGGUCUUUCUUUCGGGAGCCACUGAUCCUGCCCUGCUCACACAACAUCUGCCUGCCUUGUGCCCGCACCAUCGUGGUGCAGACCCCAGAAAGCGAGCACCUACCUCAUGCUGCUCGCCCCAUGUUGGUUAUGGGGGCAGAUUAUGACUACCCGGAUCACCUGGAUAAGAUGAGCCUUCACAGUGAGACUGACAGUGGCUAUGGCUCCUACACCCCGAGCCUUAAGUCUCCCAAUGGGGUGAGGGUAUUACCUCCAGCGCCAGCUCCAUCCUUAGGUGCGUCUUCUGGGGCAACCUCUCGAGGUCUUCACGGCAGCAUCUGUAGUUCUUCCUCCAUCACCUGUCCACAGUGCCACCGCAGUGCAUCCCUGGAUGAGAGGGGGCUGCGGGGCUUCCAACGCAACCGACUGCUGGAGACUAUAGUGCAGAGAUACCAGCAGGAGCGUGGCGCCCUACAAGAGGCACAAGACAGUGGUGCAGCAGAGGCUUCUGGAGGGUACCCUGCCAAUGUCAGGUGCCAGCUUUGUGACACCAACCCAUCAGAGGCCGCAGUUAUGUGCGAGCAGUGCGAUGUCCUCUAUUGCUCUUCUUGUCAGAAGAAAUGCCACCCUACUAGAGGCCCCUUUGCCAAGCACAGGCUCAUACCACCGUCCCAGCUAGCUCCUUCCACCAGUACCAGCCAAAAACCUGCUGGGCCAGGGCCACCCACCUCAACACGCAAGUUCCCCACCUGUGCUGAUCAUGAACUUGAGAACUACAGCAUGUACUGCUUGAACUGCCGUACCCCUGUGUGCUACCAGUGUCUGCAGGAGGGCAAGCAUGCCAAGCACGAGAUGAAGCCACUAGGAAUCAUGUGGAAGCAGCACAAGGCACAGCUUUCUCAGGCUUUGAGUGGCGUUUCUGAUAAAGCAAAGGAAGCCAAAGAAUUCUUGGUUCAGCUAAAGAACAUACUGCAGCAAAUCCAGGAAAAUGGACUGGAGUAUGAAGCAUGCUUGGUUGCUCAAUGUGAUGCUCUAGUGGAUGCAUUAAAUCGUCAAAAGGCAAAAUUGCUCACCAAAGUCACAAAGGAACGAGAACAUAAAUUCAAGGUUGUCUGGGAUCAGAUAAAUCACUGUACAUUGAAACUGCGCCAGUCAACAGGGCUAAUGGAAUAUUGCCUUGAAGUAAUCAAAGAAAAUGAUCCCUCUGGCUUCUUACAGAUUUCAGAUGCUUUGAUAAAGCGCGUUCAAAGCUCCCAGGAGCAGUGGGUGAAAGGAGCACUGGAACCAAAGGUCUCUCCUGAAUUUGACCUCACACUGGACAACGACCCCUUGCUGCAGGCUAUUCACCAGCUGGAUUUUAUUCAGAUGAAAUGUAAGGUGCCCCCUGUACCACUGCUGCAGCUAGAGAAAUGCUGCACGCGAAAUAAUAGCGUUACUCUGGCUUGGAGAAUGCCACCUUUUGCCCACAAUCCUGUGGAAGGAUACAUACUGGAACUAGACGAUGGAGAUGGUGGUCCAUUUAGGGAAGUUUAUGUGGGAAAAGAGACUUUAUGCACCAUUGAUGGUCUUCACUUCAAUAGCACAUACAAUGCAAGAGUCAAAGCAUUCAAUUCAACGGGCCUUGGACCUUACAGCAAAACUGUAGUGCUCCAGACAUCGGAUGUGGCCUUUUUCACAUUUGAUUCCAACACUGCUCAUCGGGAUAUUGUUUUAUCCAAUGAUAACAUGACAGCGUCUUGCAGCAGUUAUGAUGACAGAGUGGUAUUGGGCACAGCUGCAUUCUCAAAAGGAGUUCACUAUUGGGAGGUACAAGUUGACAGAUAUGACAACCACCCUGAUCCAGCUUUUGGUGUUGCCAGAAUUAAUGUAGUGAAGGAUAUGAUGCUGGGGAAAGAUGAUAAGGCCUGGGCCAUGUAUGUGGACAACAACCGUAGCUGGUUCAUGCACUGUAACUCUCAUACCAACAGAACAGAAGGCGGUGUGAGUAAAGGGACCGUAGUUGGCAUACUCUUGGACCUUAACAAGCGCAUACUAAUAUUCCAUAUUAAUGGAAAGCAGCAGGGACCUGUAGCAUUUGAGAACAUUGAUGGUGUGUUCAUGCCAGCAAUAAGUCUCAAUCGAAAUGUACAAGUUACUCUUCACACAGGCCUGGAGGUGCCGACGAUCUUCAGGCAGAUGAAGGCAGUAACUAACCUAUAA